AUGUGUAGCAUCAAAUAUCUCCUUUGGGUUAUCGUGCUUUUUAAACAAGCUUUCGCUGUGUCUUGGGACGCGGAUGCGGAGUCCGCUUGCAUAAUCAACCGGGGCUCACCGACCUAUCCAAACCCCUCCGUACUUAAUGGAUAUACCUAUCAAUUAUUGACGAACCAGUUGACCCGCCCGAGAAACAUUGUCUUUGACACAAAUGGGAAUGUUCUUGUUUCUGGCGAUUCGGAUGGGAUCUUUGUUUUGAAAACUAGUGAGGCUGCGGACGGAUGUGUUAUCUAUGACGGGAAAACUCUUCUCGAAAAUUCAUCUGGACUAAAGUUGAAUCAUGGAUUAGCUCUUUCUAAAGAUGGGAGAACGCUGUUCGCAAGUUCCCCCGACGUUGUCUAUUCAUGGAAAUACGAUCCUGUAAAAGCGACUAUCGACAACUCUUCAAGAAGGAAAAUUGUCACCGGAAUGGACUCUGGCGGCCAUAUCACCCGCACACUCCUUACCAGCAAUUUACAUUCGGACGUCCUCCUAGUCUCCAGAGGUUCUGACGGAAAUCUGGACAUGGAAGCCAAGGACCUUUCCAAGGGAAAGUGCAUGAUCAAGGCGUUCAGUGUCUCAAAAACCAAAGAGCAAGACUUCACGACGCAGGGCAAUCUGCUCGGAUGGGGCCUUCGCAAUUCCGUGGGGUUGGGGGAGGACAGUUACGGAGGCAUCUGGGCUGUGGAGAAUUCUGCUGACGACCUGAUGCGGGAGGGAAUUGACAUUCACCAGAACAACCCGGCCGAGGAAUUGAAUUUUCUCGGAGACCUCGGCGAGACGGCUUUCAGUGAAGAUUUUACUGCGCCGAAUUAUGGGUAUCCUUACUGCUUUGCCGCCUGGUAUCCAAAGGACAUCAAAGCCGCGACUUAUGAUAUCAAAGUUGGCGACCAAUUCGCUUUGGUCAUGAACAAUACCUUCACAGAUUUGACGUGUCGCGACAUGUUUCAGGCUCCCCGUCUGGGUUUCCAGGCACACAUGGCGCCUCUGGAUAUCAAAUUUCACCCCCAAACCGGGCACGCCUGGAUCUCGUUCCAUGGGAGUUGGGAUAGAGAAACGCCGAUCGGGUACAUGGUCUCGGUGGUGGAGUUUAAAGGGGGGGAGCCAAAGGAGCCCAGGAACUCGAACAACUCUAUAACAAACAUCCUGUGGAAUAGUAAUAUCACCGGCUGCCCACAAAAGUGCUUUAGGCCAGUGGGUAUCGCCUUUGAUAGAAUGGGACGGACCUGGGUAACUUCCGAUUCAACCGGCGAGAUAUUUAUCAUCACCCCACCUCACUCGUCCUCGUCCGAUUUGCCUCCGGCCAACCGCACAUGGGACAUAAGCUCUAACGUCAGUAAGAAGCGCUCGGCGGCUGUUUCCUUCGCCCAUAGUGAUGUCUCUCUCACCCGGAUCACUGUCAGAGUAGCGAUCACUUGUAUUCUAUUGUUGGGAGUAUGGGGCGCACUGUUUUAG